AUGGCUCGAUUCUUAUCGACAGUAUUAUUAUUGGCAAUUGUUGCUGGCCCAAGUUUGCAACAAGGUGGUACGAAAAAUCGUCCCGUUUCAUCAUCAUCAAGCGGUUCUAGCCGUGGUGGUGGUGGUGGUGGUAGUGGAUUUACUUCACCUGUAGCCAUGAUGAAUGGUGGUGGUUUUGGUGCAAGAACCGGAUAUAGCGGCUCAACAAGUAGUUCAUCUGGUGGUUCACUUAGCGGUGGUGGUGGUAGUAGCGGUGGUACCGUUAUGGGUAGCUGGUCACCAAUGACAUCAACAUCAAGUGGUUCUAACCGUGGUGGUGGUAGUAGUAGUGGUGGUGGAUUUAAAUCAACCGGUGGUGGUGGUGGCGGUGGUGGUAGCGGUGCUUCUGGAAGCUAUGGUUCAUCCGGUGGCAGCCGUGGUGGUAGCAUGAAUGGUGGAAGCAGCUUUGGAUCAAGUUUUGGCAGUAGUUCUAACGGUGGAAGUCGUGGAACCAGUGGCUCUACUGGUAAUGGUGGUGGAAGCUAUAAUGGUGGAUCAAGUUCUGGCGGAACUGGUUCAAUGGGAUUCAGUUCUGGCGGUAGCGGUUCUUUCGGUGGAUCAACCGGAACUGGUUCAAUGGGAUUUAGUUCUGGUGGUAGCGGUUCUUUCGGUGGAUCCACCGGAACUGGUUCAAUGGGAUUCAGUUCUGGCGGCAGUGGUUCAUAUGGUGGAUCUACUGGAACUGGCGGAACAGGCGGAACUGGCUCAAGUGGUUUCGGCUCGGGCGGGAGCGGAUCUUUCGGUGGAUCUGGUUCAAUGAUGUCAUCGGGUGGUGGUGGUGGUGGUGGUUCUUCAUUUGGUGGUGGUUCUUCAUUUGGCGGUGGUUCUUCAUUUGGCGGUGGUUCUUCAAGUGAUUCAGGAUCAGCUGAUGGAGCUGCUGCUGGUGGAGCUAUCGGAGGUGGCAGCGGUUUCAGUGAUGGUGAUAGUCAAUUCAAAAUGGGUGGAUCAGGUGGUGAACGUAUACCAGCAGCUGUAAUCACUAAACAUACAGUGGAUUUCAAACAAGUGGAUAUUCCAUUUGAAGAUAUUGAACCACAAAUUAUUGAAGUUGAAGGUGGUGCUUUACCAUUGGAAAUUCAUUUCAAAUCAAGUUCAUCAAGAAUUCGUGUUCAUCAAACACAUGAAGCAGCCGGUGCUGGUGAAGUUGAACAAACUUCAUCGGAAGAAGAACCACAUCGACUUAUUCACGAAGUUAAAAAGCCAAUUAUUCAGGAAGUACGAGAAAUCAUUACACCUUAUCGACGUGUUAUUCAGGAAAUUCAACCUGUUAUGGAAGAAAUUCAUACAAUUGUUGCCAAAGGCGAAGCAAGACGACAAUUCGAUCGAAAUCAAUCAAAAUCACGAGGUGGUGGUGGUGGUGGCGGAAGUUCUGCUGGUUCAGGUCUUCAAUCACCAAGCAGAAAUGGAGCCGCUGCUAUGGGCCAAGGUGGUUCAGCUCCUACUGGUGGUUCUGGUUUUGGUGCUGGAGGAAAUUAUGGUGGAAGCUCAAGUCCUGCAACAGGUGGUUUUGGUGGUGCUCCUACACCUUCUACUGGAAUGUCAUCUGGUUUUGGCAGUGGUGGAUCAUCCAGUUUUGGUGGAUCAGGAAGCUUUGGUGGUAAUGGUGGUGGAAAUUACAUGGGCGGAUCACGAGGUGGUUCAACAGGUGGUGGUGGUGGUGGUGGUAGUUUUAGCGGUACUGGUUCUAGCAACAAUGGUGGUAGUCGUGGUGGUUUUGGUGGUACAUCAUUUGGUGGUGGUGGAUCUUCCGGUGGUGGUAGCAGUGGUUUCAAUGGAUUCUCACAAACAUUUGAAUCAGGUACAUCACAAACAUUUGAAACUGGAACCGAACAAAAAUCAUAUUAG